CUAAUUAUUAGCUUUCAUACAAACUCAAUAUGACAGGGAACUAAUCAGGAAAACUAUAUGUCAAAUUUGAAUAAUGAAAAUAAAACAAGUUGACCUUUACAUAGUCAUAAAGAAAUAUAUCAACUUGAUGGAUCAUAAAGACAGAUAUUAGAGGUAGAGGUAGAAACUUGUUUGAUAAGCUGAUCAGGAAAACUCGUUUUGGUUAAGCACCCUUGCUAGAAUUUUCUUGGCCCAUAAAUGUUUAUUUAUAUUUUCCUAGGAAUAAAAUAAAAGAAUAUGUAAAAAGUACUCGUAAUUAUAUAUUUAAUAAAGAAAAACGAACCAAUAAGGGUCGUCGAUUAAGUGGUAAGGGGUCCACAGAGUCGAAACAACUUCGCAUCUAUCGAAACAAAAAAGUAUAAAUACCCCCUCUCGAUUUCCCUUCAUUCACCAAAAAAAAAAAAAAGCUUUCUUUCAGCAAAGCCGAAAAGACUUGACGGGCGAUGACUUCUUCUCGCGAAGAUCCAGAGAUCCUCCCCGACGCUGCCGAAGAUGAACCCAAUCUCCCCGUUAACCCCGAUUCCGUCAAUCAACAACAACCCCCCACCCUUCUCCCUCUAUUCGAUUGCGUGGCUCUGGACAAGCUCUGCCACGUGGCGGAGAUGCUCCAGGAUCGGGAGAGGCAGCGAAUCCGCGAAGAGGCUGAGAUAGCUGAGAAGAGGCGGCGGUGGGCUGAGGAGAGAGCGGAGGCGCACAGACAGUACGUUUUCGAAGUGGCUAAGGCUUACGCUCUCGAAUUGCACUCUGAUCAAGCUCCCAAAAGCAAAGACGAUGACGAAGAAGAGGAGGAGGUUGUGAAAGGGAAGAGUCGAUUCGAUGAUGCUAAGAAGGCGAUCAAGAAGAGGAGGAGAUACUCUAGUAGAUCGAGUGAUGCACCGUGCGGUGGAAUUGAGCUGAGUAUGACGAGGCAUAGGACGGCUCCUACGUUGACAGAGCUGUGUAUGAGAGUUCUUGCUGAAAACUCUGAAGCGAUCGAGUCUUUGCACCUUGUCCCUGACCACUUGAAGAAGAAGAUCUCGAGUCUUGUUAGUGAUUCGAGUAAAGUAGAUAAAGCUUUUAUGCAGCUUCUUGUGGAUGAUUCUCCUUCAGAGGUUUCUGUGAAGAAUUGCGUUGACUUGGAGGAGGAAGACUUGACUCAGAUCCUCUCUGAAUGUGAUAGAGUUAGCUUACAGGUGUUGAAUCUUGAUCUUUGCGGACGAGCUAUGACGGAGAACGCUAUAACCGAGUUGUUGAAACGCUCUCCCAACGGGUUCCCUUCGUUGACUAGGCUUUCUCUUCAAGGAGCGUUCUGUUUAACAGACAAUGCGUUGGCUUUGAUCUCGAGAUCAGCUCCUCUGCUUCGGGUUGUUAACCUCUGCGAUUGCUCUCUUCUGACAUUCCAAGCUGUGAAGAUUCUUGCGGAUUACUUUGGUUCCACUCUUAGAGGGCUUAACAUUGGAGGGUGCCAAGGGAUUAAACCGUGUGAUGUCUUUAGGACCAGCUUGAGUAGGUUCGAGAAGUUGAGCUCUCUCUCGGUUGCUGGACUUGAAGGGAUUCAUGAUGUUGUUGUUGAGUUCUGUACUUCCCGGGGAUCCAGUCUCACUGAUCUUUCUCUAGCUUCUUGCGUAGGGGUGAAUGAUGGAACUCUUUGGACUGCUGGGAGAUAUUGUCCUAACCUGGAAGCUCUUGACAUCUCAGAGUUGGAUAGUUUGACUGAUGCGUCAUUGAAAGAGAUCACAGAUGGUUGCAGAUCUUUGCGCUCAGUCAAAUUUACAAGAAACCGAUUCAGUGAUGAAGGUGUAGCCGCGUUUCUUGAAGUCUGUGGUGGUUCUAUUAACAACCUCAGCCUAAACAAUGUCAGAAAUGUCGGCCAAGAAACUGCUAUUUCGCUCGCCAAAUAUUGUAAGAGGUUGCAUUAUUUGGACCUCUCGUGGUGUAGAAAACUCACAGAAGAAGAACUAAGACAGAUCAUGAGUUGCUGCUCGUUACUUAGAUCGCUUAAGUUAUUUGGAUGGACGCAGGUGACGGAGGACUUUCUGGAAGAUCUUUCAAGAUCAGAAGUUAGCAUCGUUGGAUUGAAGAUGACUUCACUAUUCGCUCAUCCUGAUGACUCUUAUCCAAGUGUAGAUGCCAAGUGCUUCUGAUGAGUACACAAGUUUUGGCCAUGUUUUAUACUAAGUCAUGAACCAUCUUUUAUUGUUAGACUAAAACAUCUCCAGAGGUUUAUAGUAAAGAGUCUACAAAUAGACUAAGUCAUGAACCAUCUUUUAUUGUUAGACUAAAACAUCUCCAGAGGUUUAUAGUAAAGAAGCUACAAAUAGAUUAACAGUCGUUACAAU